UGCAGAGGAACGGAAACAGAGAACAAGAAACGGCAUCAAGAAAACAGCGGUGGCGGCUGACACUGUAUGCCAGCCAAUGCAAUGUCUUCGCCUGCACCCGCAGUCCACUACCUCUCCAGAUGCACGGUGAAACCACCACCACUCCCUCCCAAGCGCUGCCACCUGACGCCAUGGGAUCUCGCCAUGUUCUCCCUCCAUUACAUCCAAAAGGGCCUCCUCUUCGCCAACCUCCCGCCUUCCCUCUCCACCGACCAAAUCAUCGACCGCCUCAAAUCCUCCCUCUCGACCACUCUCCUCCAUUUCUAUCCCCUCACCGGCCGUUUCGUAACCGAAGAGGCGCAUGAUGAGAACCAGAAGGUGAUCGGCAUCUUCUGGUGGAUCGAUUGCAACGGAGAAGGCGCAGAAUUCAUCCACGCUAUUGCUGACAAAGUUACGGUCUCCGACGUGCUAUCCCCCUCCGACGACGUCCCCUCCUUCAUCCAGUCCUUCUUCCCCCUUGACGGUGCCAUCAACCAUGACGGCCACACUCAACCUCUGCUCGCCGUCCAGCUUACAGAGCUGGCAGAUGGCAUCUUCAUCGGAUGCUCCUUCAACCAUGCCGUUGGAGAUGGCACUUCCUACUGGAACUUCUUCAACGCGUGGGCCCAGAUCGCUCGAACCAAAGGGGUCGCCCCCCUCUCUCGCCCUCCUGUCCACGACCGCUGGUUCAUCGACGGCUACGACACCGCUCCCAUCAAACUACCCUUCACCCACCCACAUGACUUCAUCGAGAGAUUCUCUCCACCCCCCUUCCGGGAGAAGAUCUUCCACUUCUCAGCCCGGUCCAUUGCCCAGCUGAAAGCCAGGGCCAACCAAGAGUGCGGCACCAAUUCCGUCUCCUCUUUCCAAGCUCUUACCGCCGUCGUGUGGAGGUCCAUCACCAGAACCCGCAACCUGCCGGCCGACCAGAAGACAAGCUGCAGGCUGGCCGCCGAGAAUCGGUCCCGGUUGAACCCGCCUCUGUCGCCCGCCUAUUUCGGCAACUCGGUCUACCCCAUCGCCGCCACCACGACUGUGGGCGAACUGUUGAACCACGGCCUCGGGUGGGCCGCGUGGCUGCUGAACCGGACCGUCGCGGACCACAACGACAGCACGAUCCGGGGUAGGUUGAUGGCGUGGAUGGCCCGGCCAAUGGUGUACCGACAGAGUGGGUUCGACCGGUUUAGCGUGCUGAUGGGGAGCUCACCGCGGUUCGACAUGUACGGGUGCGAUUUCGGUUGGGGGAAGGCAGUGGCAGCGAGGAGCGGGAGCGCAAGCAAGUUCGACGGGAAGGUGACGUCGUACCCAGGUUGGGAGGGAGGAGGGAGUAUGGAUCUGGAGAUUUGUCUGGUUCCUAAGUCGAUGAGCAUGUUGGAGACGGACGACGAGUUUAGAAGCGCCGUUUGUCCACCUCUGGAGAUGGAGGUGCUCCUGCAUGGCACCAGCUGGUAUUCUUAACACUUGUAUUUGUUUGAUAAAGCAUAUCUGGUCGCCCGUGUCUACAGGGAGACUGGCAGAGCGUGGUUUUUAUUGACCAGCACUUAAAUAGAAUUUUAUGGUUAUCUAUUUCAAUAUUUCUGUUUAGUUUAGGGGUAUGUUACUUUUUUGGUUUUAUUA